AUGGAGGACUUCGAUGAGAAUGAUGAAAUGGCUGCCAUGAUGGGUUUCUCUUCGUUUGGCGGCAACAAAAAGCGGAAAUUUGAUCAUACAAAAUCGCCAGCCAAGGAUGACGAUACUGCCAGCGGUGCCAACUCGACUGAAUUGGGUAUGCGAACCAAAGAAUUAGACAAUCAACAAACGAGCGGUAGAAGCACUCUCAGUGCUGCAGCUCCUGCAAAGGAGCCGUCAUCGGCGGAUGGGCUUGCACGCUUUUUAGCUCGUGGGCAGGCAUUGCCGGAGAAGCCACCUGCAGCUGCGCCAGGUCACGACGUCGAUACUUCAGCGUCAGAAUUGGUUUCAUUCGGUGGACCAUCUAUUUCACGCGCUGAACUGAAUGCCCUACGCUUUGGAGCUAAGAAUGCGGAUGGCGACACGGCCUACUUCCUGCCCAGCUUCGUAGAGGACCCAUGGGCAAAGUUGCUUCCAAGUCAUACUUAA